GCCCACCCAGCGCGCAUGCGUACGCGGGCCGACAUCCGCCCGCGACUGGGUUCGCGCACCGACAUGGCGGCGGCCGAGGGCGGUGGCGGCGGUGGGGUGCGGCCGGACGCGACGGUGCAGCGGGUCGAGCUGGGGCCGCUGCUGGCCACGGCCCUCAAGCCGGGGGAGUCCUGGUACCUGGUGGACAGCCGCUGGUUCAAGCAGUGGAAGAAGUAUGUGGGCUUCGACAGCUGGGACAUGUUCGGCGCCGGCGAUCCCGGCCUCUUCCCUGGGCCUAUCGACAACUCGGGUCUCUUCGGCGAUCCAGAAGCUCAGAGUUUAAAAGAACACCUCAUUGAUGAGCUAGAUUAUGUAUUGGUUCCCACUGAAGCCUGGAAUAAACUAGUAACAUGGUAUGGCUGCAUAGAUGGACAGCAGCCUAUUGUGAGAAAAGUAGUGGAAUAUGGUCUGUUUGUGAAGCACUAUAAGGUUGAAGUUUACCUUCUUGAGCUGAAGCUGUGUGAGAACAGUGAUCCUGACAAUGUGAUUAGCUGCCACUUCAGCAAAGCAGAUACUGUUGCUACCAUCGAGAAAGAAAUGAGGAAACUAUUUAAUAUCCCAGCUGAGAAGGAAACUAGGUUAUGGAACAGGUAUAUGAGUAACACUUACGAGCAGCUCAGCAAGCUGGAUAGCACUGUGCAAGAUGCAGGGCUUUAUCAGGGUCAGGUUGUUCUAAUAGAAGUGAAAAAUGAGGAUGGCACGUGGCCUGGACAGCGUUUCCUUGCAAAAUCAAGCACUGCAACUAGCAGAAACUUUACUACCUCUUCAAAAUCAUCAGCAAGUUCUUAUUCCUCAGUGUCUGCCACUUCUGUCAUUACUAACGGUGAUAGCAGUAACUCCUAUGGACUGAACAGCUCCCACCUGGGCAGGGGAGGUUCUGGAUUUGUUUGUAACUCUUACAACUGCAGGGACAGUGCUUCCCUGUCACAGCCUGGACUCUGUGGACUCAGUAACCUUGGAAAUACCUGCUUCAUGAAUUCGGCAUUACAGUGUCUGAGCAAUACCCCUCCUCUGACUGACUACUUUCUGGAAGAUAAAUAUGAAGCUGAAAUAAAUCAGAACAAUCCGUUGGGGAUGAGUGGAGAAAUUGCAGAAGCCUAUGCAGAGCUCAUUAAACAGAUUUGGUCUGGGAGACAGUCUCAUGUGGCCCCACGUACGUUUAAAACGCAGGUUGGCCGAUUUGCUCCUCAGUUUUCAGGAUACCAGCAGCAAGAUUCGCAGGAGCUCUUGGCUUUUCUUCUAGAUGGCUUGCAUGAGGAUUUGAACAGAGUGAAGAAGAAGCCCUACUUGGAGCUGAAGGAUGCCAAUGGCAGACCUGAUUCGGAGGUGGCAAAAGAGGCCUGGGAGAACCAUAGGCUGAGGAAUGAUUCUAUCAUUGUGGAUAUUUUUCAUGGUCUUUUCAAGUCUACUCUUGUUUGUCCCAAAUGCUCCAAAGUUUCUGUGACUUUUGAUCCCUUCUGUUACUUAACCCUUCCGCUGCCCUUGAGGAGAGAUCGUCUCAUGGAAGUUACCCUGGUAUAUGCAGACCCACAGCAUAGACCUGUUCAGUACCGGGUCGUGGUGCCGAUGAUGGGGGCCAUCUCGGAUCUGUGUGAAUCGCUCUCCAAACUCUCUGGUGUUCCUGCAGAAAAUAUGGUGGUGACAGACGUGUAUAAUCAUCGAUUCCACAAAAUCUUCCAAAUGGAUGAAGGUUUAAAUCAUAUCAUGCCAAAAGACGACAUCUUUGUAUAUGAAGUUUGCAAGCCAAGUGAGGAUGGCUCGGAGUAUGUUACUCUCUCUGUUUACUUUCGGGAAAAGACAAUGAGGCAAUCCAGUAAUACUUCAGGGACCGUACUCUUUGGUCAGCCACUAUUAAUAUCUGUGCCGAAACACAAGCUCACUGUGGAUCACUUGUACAGUGUGGUUUUGGAGCAGAUCAGCCGCUAUGUGAAACUCCCUUUGGCAGAAGAAUACUCUACACCCUGCCCAGACAAAGGAACCUGCAAUGGCUCCAAUGGUGUGGUUGAAGGUGACAUUGAAGAGAUGGAGCAUCAGGAUGGCGGCCAGGAAGGCAAGGAAAAUCUGGGGGAAGAAGUUGAUCCCUGCCACUCUGAGGUCUGUAUGCAGAUCGAGUCAGCGAGAGACCUGCAGCCUUGCAAGAAGCAGUACUUCACUUUUAGCCUCGUAAAUUCCUCUGGGACUUCUGAGAUAAACUCCAUUGUAGAAGGAAAAAUCUUAAAAUUGAAUGCUUUUUCUGCGCUUGCUAUUGAUUGGGAUUCUGAUACACGGAGGCUACUUUUUGAUGAACAGGAGGCACAGGCAUUUGAAAAACAUGGAAGUAUGUUACAACCACAGAAGAAGAAGGCUGUGGUAGCCCUCAGAGACUGCAUAGAGCUCUUCACUACUAUGGAAACGCUUGGUGAACAUGACCCCUGGUACUGCCCUAACUGUAAGAAACAUCAACAGGCCACAAAGAAGUUUGACUUGUGGUCUUUGCCCAGGAUUCUGGUAGUGCAUUUAAAACGCUUCUCAUACAGCAGAUACUGGAGGGAUAAACUUGACACUGUUGUGGAAUUCCCUAUCAGGGGUUUAAACAUGUCCGAGUUUGUUUGCGACCCAAGAGCAGGCUCAUACGUGUAUGACCUCAUCGCAGUUUCCAAUCACUAUGGAGCCAUGGGAGUAGGCCACUACACUGCCUACGCAAAGAACAAAGUGAAUGACAAGUGGUACUACUUUGAUGACAGUAGUGUAUCCGUGGCUUCAGAAGACCAAAUAGUGACAAAAGCUGCGUAUGUGCUGUUUUAUCAGCGCCGAAACAGUGAGGAACAUACUGCCCCAUCUCCUCCCCAAGAAGAGUGUGACGGCAUGGAUACCAACUAAACAUCACCGCCAGCACUCGGCCACCAUGUUAGCGGUCGCUCUUCUAAAGCCAUGCCUGAGGCAUCUGAAAAUUUUUUCUUCCUUCUGUAGGAGUCAAGCAGAAAAAUCUAGCACUGAAAGAGUCAGUGCUGGGGGUUGCAGAAUAGCACUGGAGAGCCAGGAAUAGGUGCUGACACUUGGGUGUUUAGAGGCCAAAAAUAAUAUAUAUUGGAGCUUCAAUAAAGUUCUUUUUAAAAUCUGGCUGAGCUGUGUGGCUAGAGGCAGGAGUUGGGGCUGAGCUGGGCUGGAGGUCUUGGGCCGAGGGUGUAGCUGGGGUCGGGAGAGUACAGCCUGGGCUGGAGGUCACAGCAGAGCCUUCUGGGGCCCGUGGAGGAGUAUGGUGGGUACGAUUCUGUGAAUCGGCGAGGGGGCUUCCUGCCCACCCUCAGGCGUUGCUGUUGGGCCCUGCCUGUGUCAGGGACGCAUGCUGCACCCCUUCUGGAAGCUCAGUUCAUAUCUCUCUGCCUCUGGCCUGUCUGUUGCAGUCUCUGCCAUCAUACUUUGUUCCCCUCGCUACACAGCAAACAUUUCUCUUUCUUUUGUCCUUUCACCGAUGCAUUUGAGACUCUUCUGGGCAGUUUUGACUCAGCCUUUUUCAUGUGAAUGCUGAAUUCUGUAAUGUAGGAAACUUCACCAGAAGCACAUCAUACCUGCCUGCGCAUCAUACAUACCUGCCUGCGUGGCUGGCAUACACGUGAUGACAGGAUACAGUGGCUCUGGCUCCCCUUCUUCUGCAGAGAAAACAUCUGUAAGGUUGGCAAUUUCUUGUCCUCUCCAUCCAUCUCCUACACCCCUCACUUUCAGCUACUCUGUAAGCACUUUUCUGCCUCCACUGUUUCCCCUGUGGUUUGUGCAGUGGCAGCAUUUUUAUUGUUUUUUUGCUCAUUUACGUGGCUCCUUGGAGCUUUUCCUCCAGCAAAGCUCAGCACUGUGUCCCCAGAGCUGUCAUCUGUAAAGGUGACAGCCCAAUGCAGUGGAUUGUGUGAGGUUUUUAGCCUUUUCUCUUGCAACUUUUGGGUUUUUUUUUUUUUUUUUUUUUUUUUUUUUUUUUGGACUGCUCUUUCAGCCUUUAGAUCCCCCAACCCAUCAUCUUCUGUGAGGCUGUACGUGUGAUGCUCCUGUCCGAGGUCUCUCUUUGCCUUAACUGUUCAAUAGUUCCGCUCCAUCCUUUUGGCACAGCUGGCAAAUGCUCUUCCCUCUGUCCCCCUGUAUUGGCUGUUACUGGUAGGACUCAAGUCCAGCUUUCCUCUUGAAUGAGGACUCCUGUGAGCAUGAGAUCCGGUCAGUCCUCGGGGAAAAAUGGCUUCCCAUGUGAAAAAUGGGAAGAACCUAGAGCCUUAGCCUGUGUUUUUUAGGGAAAUACCUAGAUCAAGGUGGUGAACCAAACAGGAGGGUUUUUCCUUCUUGCAGCCAAGUGCGUUGGCAGAACACAAGGCUAAGACAAGCUACUGCUCUGCUUUUUUUUCCUUUCCCCCUGAAAUGCGUGCUUGCAGCCACUCGGUCCUCGCUGUGCGCAGUCCCUGUGGCUUCACUGCUGACUGUAACCACUUCCAACGGUCAGCGUAACAGCGGUCACCCAUUUAACUCCAAAUACGCCAGCUCAGCUCCCUUCUGCAGCUCUUGACGCCAAGCCCUGUAGGAAACGGUUGUGUGUCCGUCCCCGCGCCUCUGCUGCGCUGCAGCCGAGCAAAAGUCCAGCCAGCAACUUGCUGCCUUGUUCUGCUCCAAGCAGGGGGGAGGGCGGGCAGUGAUGGGAGGCAGGAGGGCUUCCUCUAGCUGACAUGCUAGUCUUGUGAUCCUCUUCUGCUGAGUUUUUUCUUUUAAAGCAUUGAAAUUUGAAUUUUGAGAUUGGAAUUGCUUAAUGCUUCUGCUGUUCUGGUUUUGGGGUUGUUUGGGAUUUUUAUAACUCUUAAUAUUUCAUUUCUUUGGUUUUGGGGUUUUUUCCCUUGUUACUGAGGGGAGCAUCAAAAAAGCAAUUGUUAAGCUGUAGGACUGCACUGAAUGACUCUGAUCAGCAUUUUUUUUUGUUUUACCCUGAAAAAAAAUAAUGUGGGUAGUCCAAAAUGGGGAAGAGAGGAAAGAGAGGAGAGUAAAAGACCUUUUUAAAAGAAAAAUCAAUCUGAAACAGCCCGUGUUCUUCUCCUCGCCUCCCUACCUGUGCUGACACUGAGAAAUGCAUCAGUGGGGCUAAAUCUCCAAUGCUCAGAUGCUGAACAGACUUUGUACUGCAGAAAAAGUGGCCCAGCUCUUACUUUCUCUGCCUCUGAGCUGGUGGGCUUUGGCUGGUGUGUGUGUGUGCUCUAAUACCAGACCUGGUUUUUAGACUAGCACUUUGUAAGUGGCUGGCUCUAUUGUACAAAGAGGAAAAUUAAAGAGUGGUUUGCACUGAAA